UUUGUUUCUAUUAAGAAGCGCCAUCGUGCCAUAAAUUUACCUAAUGAGAACUGCAAUGAAUUUAUCGACUUACAUUAGACACGACUAAGAAAAGUAUUAGAACCGAAGUUUCUACUAAUUUAAGCCGACGGCAGUGGUGAAUUGGUGGUGCAAUAAACAUAAGCCCUCAUAUUAAGCCACUGAUACGAUGCAUCAACAACAAUUCAGCAUAAGAUGACGCGUGGCGAGCACAGUGGUUUCAGAAAGUUGAUAGCCUGACAACAAUCGCACUUCCCUAGACCAGCGUGUAUUUGCUGCUGUUUUAUUCCUGAUCGUGGUUUAAGUGGUAACCUUGUCUCUCAGUACAGGAUUAAUUGAACUUGAGCUGACCGCGUGCACGUUGUUGGAGUUCCCACGCACACGAAAAUGAAUUUCAGCAAAGUAAAGGAGAGAAUAAAAAGCGGCUACCCCAAGGGUACGGAGCGCAGCAUGACGUACGGGACGGCAGGAUUCCGUGGUCCGUGGAACCAGCUGGAUUGGGUGAUGUUCCGCAUGGGGCUGCUGGGUGUUCUGCGCAGUAAGGAGCAGAAGGGCAAAGCCAUCGGCGCCAUGAUCACCGCCUCGCACAAUCACAUCGACGACAACGGGAUCAAACUGAUCGAUCCCGACGGCGAGAUGCUGGAGAUCAGCUGGGAGAGCUUCGCCACCGAUCUGAUCAACGCCGACGACAAGGACGUGGUGCGCGUCCUGGAAGUCAUCAUCAAGCACUUCAACAUCGACGUGGCCGUCUCCGCCAUGAUCUACAUGGCGCAGGACACCCGUCCCAGCAGCGACGCCUUGGCCGCGGCACUGCGACAAGGCGUGGAGGCGCUGGGCGGAUCCGUGCGCGAUUUCCAUCUGCUGACAACACCGCAGCUGCAUUACAUUGUGUGCGCGCACAACAAGCUGAUUUCCCGUCAGACCGAUCAGGUGGAUCUGAGUAUCUCCGACACGGCAGCGCAAGACGAAGACUGCAGCGAGGAAGGAUACUACCGUAAGCUGAUUGAUAAUUUUAUCGGUCUGCUGAAAAUGAAGGGCGAGCAGGGAAGCGAGGGCGACGGGUAUGAAGCGGUGAUUAUGGUGGACGGCGCCAACGGGAUCGGCGCGGUGAAACUGGCCGAACUGCGCUCGCGGUUUCCCGGGGCGGCGGACGUCACGCUGCCGACUGUCCGCAUCGUCAACGACGGACGGGGCAGUGGAGCCGUCCUGAAUGACGGAUGUGGUGCGGAUUUUGUCAAAGUGUCGCAGCAGGCACCGAAACCGUCGACGACAUGGGGCACUACGAAAUGUGCGUCGUUCGACGGGGAUGCCGAUCGGUUAGUGUAUUUCUACCAUGACGCCGAUGGCCGGUUCCAUCUGCUGGACGGGGACAAGAUUGCCGUCUUGUUGACCAUGUUCUUCGCGCAGUUGGUGCGGCAUUCGGGCCUGGAUCUGAAAAUCGGUGUGGUGCAGACGGCGUACGCGAAUGGAGCAUCCACGAAGUACAUCACGGAUGUGCUGAACAUUCCCAUGGCGUGCGUGAAGACGGGGGUGAAGUAUCUGCAUGAAGAGGCCAAGAAGUACGAUAUCGGAGUGUAUUUCGAAGCCAACGGACACGGGACGGUGCUGUUUAGCCCGCAGGCCGAGCGGAGAAUCUCGAAAUUCUUGGAAGAGUGUAAAGCCAACCCGAAAAGUGGUGAACUGUCGGAGACGUUGAAGUCGCUCCAUAUGGACGAUGGGGAAGAAAAAAAACUCGAAGCACCCAGUCUGGACAUUGCCAUGCCCUUCUGCGACAUGGACGUGCAAAUUGCUAAGGAAGAUGUGCGUAAUUCGUGGAAGGCCGUGGAGAAAUUGUGGCUGGCGGGACGACUGAUCAAUCAGACCGUGGGCGAUGCGCUAUCGGAUUUGUUACUGGUGGAGGCGGUCCUGUUUUUGGAGAACUGGUCCAUACAGCGCUGGGACGCAAUGUACACCGAUCUGCCCAAUCGGCAGCUGAAGGUGAAAGUGUCCGAUCGGCAGGUGGUGCAGACCGUGGACGCGGAGCGGAAGUGCGCUUCUCCGCCUGGUUUACAGAACGCCAUUGACCAGUCAGUGAAGAAGUACAAUUCAGCGCGAGCGUUUGUCAGACCCUCGGGAACGGAGGACGUGGUGCGGGUUUACGCGGAGGCCGACACACAGGAGAAUGCUGAUCGACUGGCGCAGGAAGUGGUAUAUCAUGUCUUCCAGUUAGCGGGCGGCGUGGGACCGGUCCCCAGCCGACCUUCGUGAAUCUGUCCGUUUUGUAUGCUUUCGACUUUAAUUUUUAUACGAUAUCUGUCAUUUCCGUUUAUAAAAAGAGUACAGAGUAUUGUUUUUUGUAUCGACAUCUGCUCAAUAUUAUUCUUGUUUUCCAUCAAUUAUUGGAUGUUGAGAGUUUACACAAUUAUUGUUUUAUCGCGACACACUUUAUUUGCGAUGUGAUUGUUAUGGUAAAAGUGCGAUCAGAAUAUUUGCAGAUUGAGUUUUGAUUUUAUUGCACAAAUGAACACGAAACUGCAAUCGACUACAGCGCUAUACAUUUUCG